AUGCCAAGACAUUUUCUACGUAGUCUGUGUCUACACAGCAUUGUAUCUUCAGGAAAUCUGAAAGGGAAAGAGAUGUUAUCAUGUCGGGACGUGUUAUGGUACCUCGUUUUCUGUGGUUUUGCGAUCAACUACAUGUUAAGGAUCAAUUUAAAUCUAACGAUAGUUGCGAUGGUAUUGCCCCAUCCGAAGAAUGUUUCAACUUCUCAGUGCGAAUUAGAAACCAUACAGCCAGCAUUUAAUGCAACACGAGAUUACAAUGGAACUUUCCAAGAUGUCUUCUCCACCGCACCUACAGUAAGCGAUGAUUUGUACCACGAUCGCUUUACCUGGAACGCGCACGAGCAAGGUCUAGCGUUGGGGGCUUAUUAUUGGUUGCAUUGGUUAUCGCAACUUCCUGGAGGACUUUUAGCGAGACGUUACGGAACCAAACUAGUUUAUGGCUUAGGAAAUUUCCUAACGGCUAUUCUUGGUUUCCUAAUUCCGUUUAUGACAACCUAUCACUUGUACGCGCUUAUUUUCCUGCGGGUUCUACAGGGUUUGGCUGCAGUGAUAAUUUGGUAAAUACAUGUCUCUUCAGGUAGUUCUGUAGGUGCUGCUAUAACUUAUCCGUUGUGCGCAGCUGUCAGUAAUAGUUUAGGUUGGGGAGCAGCCUUUUACGUGACAUCUUUACUUGGCGUGAUAUGGUACGGUUUCUGGUUAUAUUUGGUACACGAUUCUCCUCAACAACAUCCCCGAAUAUCGGAAGAUGAAAAGAAUUUUAUUUUGGAGAACCUUGGUACUUCUGUCAACGAAGAGGAAACCAAGAUACCAUGGCGGGCCAUCUUGUUAUCAGGUCCAGUUUGGGUUACUAUUAUUGCACAAUGGAGUAUUGGUUGGGGAUUUCUUACACUAAUGACUCAAGCUCCAACUUACUUCAAUUUUAUUCACGGCUGGGACAUUAACACGACCGGUCUACUCUCAGGGGCUCCGCACAUUUUAAGAAUGAUUUUCUCGUAUUAUUUCUCUAUCAUGAGUGAUUGGCUGAUACGAACUAAGAAGAUGAGUAUAACUAACGUCAGAAAGCUAGCCACAUUCGUGUGCACCGGUUUGCAAGGCUUCCUUAUUCUGUGUUUGGGAUUCAGUGGAUGUCAUCCAAACCUCGCCGUAGUUUUCAUGAUGACGGGCACUGCCGUGAACGGCGCGAUUUCAGCUGCCACUUUGGCAAAUUUCGUUGAUCUUAGUCCAAGCUAUGCCAGCGUUCUCCUUGGUUUCUGCGGAAUGAUGAUGAUUUGGUGUGGCUUCAUUUCACCAGCAGUGGUCGGAGCUUUAACGUUCGAAAACCAAACUGUAUCGCAGUGGCGUAUAGUUUUCAUCAUAUCUGCGGUUAAUUCGAUCGCUGGAUGUAUUGUGUACACACUGUUUGGAACUUCUGAUGAACAAUCUUGGAACAAAUAUGAGAGAAAAGACACAGAAGCAGGUCAAGAAAUGCAAAAGUUAACAGUAACGCCGGUCGAGAAACCAGAGAAUUUAGAGGGGAAUUCCGAAGAGACGGAGAAAGAUCAAAUGAUUGAGAACAACCAUCAAAAUCACUGAAAAAAUUAGUUAUCGUUAUAAUUGUGAAUGGAAUGGACGAAGCAAAAGUAAGCAACAGAAUAACGAAUUGGUAUUGAACUGGUAGUUUAAAUAAUUUUCGUUAACUAGACCAUUUUUAUUAUUUAUGUUGGAUUAUUUGAGAUUAUCAAGUGUCACAGUCCAUUCUGAUGUAAUAACAAUUCUAUUUUGUAGUAAUUCUAAGAAGAAAUUCUGUUAUCUAUGUUAAUCGAGGCCACUUCUAAUUAGUAUGUAAUAUUUUUACAUGUAUUGUAAUUAUUUAUUAAUUAUUUCUGAUUUCUAAAGUUCGUUGAAAUGUGUUCUGCCUAGACAACAAUGUCUUAAUAAAAAUAAUCGAAGACUGACAACGAAUGGCAUUUCAAAUGACAAGUAGUGUGUCUUCAUAGAUAGUUUCUUAUAUAAUAAUAAUCAUACGUCCGAAUUAAUAUCUUGAAAUUAUCAUUUCUUUUUACCUGUCUCAUUAUUGAAAUAGAUUUUGUUUACACUUAAACAAGUUACUGAUCACAAUUCGCAAUUGAAGAGAAUUACAUGAUUGAAUGAUGAAAUCUCUCCAUGAAUUUUCUUCAUAAUAUAGGAUUGCAUUGAUAAGAAGAGUUUAGUAAGCAAAAUAGUCGAAAAAAUGGAUUGACUUGAGACAGUAAAAAUUGUAUAUCGCAAUAAACGAAUAAUAUUCAUUACAAAAUUGAAAUGCAAAUAGCAUUUCGGUCUCUGAGAAUACAAGUCUUUCUUAUAGAUUUCACUGCGUAUUUAUAAUGGAUUCCUUGACUGUCGGAUAAUGUAGAUAAUGAUUAUAAAACGCUUUUUACGUUCUAAAUUGCGUCUAUUUAAAAUAAGAAAUAAAAUAACGCGUGUAGUCAUAUUAAGGUCUCUUUAAUUUUUAUUCAAAUGUAAAUGUUAGCUUUUCGAUCAUGGAAAACUAGUAAGCAUGUAACACCAAAUAUAGAUAAUAACAUGAAUAUUUAUUUAUCACUUUCUUUUCUAAUAAUCUUAAUACAAGGGAUAAAAUGAUCUUUGAUACAGUACAAGAACCGAGUGAUAGUGCAGGUUCGUGUGCAGUUAUCAUUUUUUCGUAAAACUAUGUUAUUAGAAUAACAUCUUAGAAAGUAUCAUAUAAACAAUUAGUCAUACGAUCGUAAUAUUUAUGGAUAUUAAACGACCAUUAUAUUGACUAUGCGAUCAGUAUGAACCACUGACCUUACAAUUACGUUCCUUUGUUUUAUUGACCUUUUCUUCACAUAGCCUAAACAUCACUUGUGCCUAAUAUCUAUGUCAGAGAGUCUGAUAGUCACUUUCUCAACUGUAACGAUAGUUAUUUGUAACUUGCCUCAUAUACAUAUCAUAUAACAUAUCAUACACAUAUAAUUUCAAUCAUGUCUUAAACAUUAACGACAACUGUCAUUAAUAAUAAUAAUGUCAAUGAUAUAAAUAGCUGGAAAACGAUAUAAAAGAAAACGUAUGUUAAUCAACAGUCAUUGUAAUACCAAUCGAAUACAUUAUGAUGCGUCAAUGAUCAUUGGUGAUAAUUAUACCUAAUUAUAACAAAAUGCAUUCUUAAAACAUUGAAUGUCAGACAAUUUUGCUAUGUUUGCGACGGCGCUGAAAUUUUCAAUGAACAAAAUGUAUAUGCAGAGUAUAUUCAUCAAAUUGACGUACACGUUAAAAAAACUUUCGUUUGUGUAAUCAAAAAAUGUUUCAAACAGAAGUUGUUGCAUUUAAAGUGAGCUACAAUCAAUAAUAUGCAAAACUGUUAAAAAACUUUUACUUUAAAAUAAAAUCAAGGUCACCUUGAUGUUUUGAAAUGACUUGGUUUUUUCUUUCCUAAUCUUAUAGCUCUAACUUGAGGGUAAAAACAACUUUUGUUUGAAACAUGCGUUGAUGGAAAUGCCUGAAAAAUCGUAUGCCCGAUUUUUAUGAACACUCUGUGUAUAAUGGUAAAAUAUGUGAAACAAUUCAACGGUACCGUAUUAUCGUAUUCUGCGUAUUUAUCUUGCCGAAUGCCAUUGGUGUACAUGACAUCAUUAAUAAAAU